AUGAUCUGCGGCGCACGGCGCUCAACGAUCCUCUUGGGAGGCAUCGUCCUGUUCUUCCUCGUGGUGUUUUUAAACCGCAAUGGCCUCUCCGACCAUGUUCCUCAGCUGUCAACGCAACAGCACUUGUCCCCCAGCGAUCGACUCAACAUCACCACCUCGAGACCGGAGGACCUAAAGAAGGUCCAGCUCCUCCUGCCAGCGGCCAGCGGCCAGGAGAGCCUCUGCAAGACUUUGCUGACCGCCGCUGUUCUGGGCUACCCGAUUCCGACUCUUGUUGCGUACAACAGGACUUACACACAACCGAAUCUUGUCGGUGGAGGUCGUCAUGUCGCCAAAAUCGAGGCCAUCUCGACUUAUCUGGAGAAUAUACCCAAGUCCAAGGACAGCGAUCUGGUCAUCAUAGUCGACGCAUAUGGAGGCUUCAACUACCAGUUCAACUCUGAAGAUAUUGAAUCCCACAUGGUGGGAGACGCAUGGUUUCAGCUACCACUAGAAGUUUUGGUAGAUCGCUAUCGCGCCGUCAUGGACAGGGCCAACAAGGAUUUGGAAAUCAGCAUGGGCAAAGCGUACCGAGCUGCGGCCGUCAACCAGACUAUCCUCUUUGGAUCAAGCAAGAGAUGUACUCCCAACAAUGUCCAAAGUUCGGCUUGCUAUCCAGUCCCCGAAUCACCUCUAUCUCCCAAGCUCUACGGCAAGUACACGGAUGCGCCAUCUCUCGAAGUCGGCCAGGGCGAUUACGACACCUAUCGCCAACGCUUCCUCAACUCGGGGUUCAUCGUCGGCCCCGUCCGCGACCUGCGCCCUCUCUUCCGCCGGGCGCAGAGGAAAGCGUCAGACCAGAUCAGGCUCUCCCAGACCAGCGACGACGGCUCCUCAACCAUCAACAAGCUCCACGUCGGGUCCGACCAGGCCAUCUUCUCCGCCAUCCUGGGCGAGCAGGAGUUCCAGCGCGAGGCGAUGCGCCGCAAGUACGGCGAGCGACCGCGCCCCAAGAGCCGCAUCGUCAACGUCCCCAUCGAGGACAUCCUCGACCCCAGCUUCCCCCACGAGGUCCUCCAGCCCAAGGGCGACAAGUCGGGCGAGUUCGGCAUCGUCGUCGACUACUGGUCCGACCUUGAGAUGCAGACGGCCGACAACGCCGAGGACGGCCGCUGGCUCCUCCACAACCAGCCCGUCCAGGAGCAGCUGCUCGCCUUCCCCCGCCAGCCCUGGAGCUGCGUCCCGCAGGUCUCCAACGACCUGCCCCCCGAGCUCGUCAACAGCACGAGCAUCCCGCGGGCCGCCAUCUCCGAGUCCUCCCAGUUCAGCCCCACGCACGGCUGGGACGAGGUCCCGCUCUACACCAACGUCUGCCUGGGCACGAUCCCCGUGGUGGUGAACCACAACGGCGACCCGAGGCAGCGGCAGCGCGACUGGCCCCAGAUGUGGAUGCAGCCGCACGGGCGGCGUCUGAUCGAGGAGAUCAUCGCGCGGGGCGAGGGCGGCAAGGAGGAGAGGGGAGGGGCGUACCACGGCAAGUAUCAGAAAUGGGUGAAGCUCUGCCCCUCCACGCUCGAGAAUGAGCUGUACCGGGAGGAGAGCUACAGCAACGAGAUGGUGUAG